GGCGUCGCCCGCAGCCUCGUGGCCAACGGGGCCAUCGUCACCAAGCGGGACGGCAGUGGCAGCGACGCAGAGCUGGUGGGCGCGACGUGGGCCCCGACCGAGGUGGCGGUGACAAACGCGCGCCGCGCGGGGCCCUUCGCGCUCGAUUGCCAGGGCUUCCAGCUGUGCGCGAGCCCCACGGCCCUGGCGUACGACGACUUCUACGAUGAGGACCUGAUCCUGCGGAAGUACUAUGCUCGGAGGUGCGCUGCCUUGGUCAAGAUCGCGUCACGGGCGCCGCCGUGGUCGCGGCGUUUGACCACAACCUCAGGAGCGCCAGCGGCAAGCGCUCGAAUCGGGCCAUCAAGGGCGGCUCGGCGGUCCAGUCCCCGGCCCCGCUGGUCCACGGGGACUACACCAUGA